CGGUCCGCCCCUCCUCUCCCAGCCUCCUCUCUCCCGGAAGUUGAUGCCCGACUCCGGAUCGCGUGCUGCCUGCCAGGGGUGUCGCCUUUGAGAGCUGGACGGCUGGCCUCGCGAAAGGAUCAACAUGCCUUUGGCUAGAGAUUUACUACAUCCGUCCUUGGAAGAGGAAAAGAAAAAACAUAAAAAGAAACGACUAGUUCAAAGUCCAAAUUCUUAUUUUAUGGAUGUAAAAUGUCCAGGUUGCUACAAGAUCACCACGGUUUUCAGCCACGCUCAGACAGUGGUUCUCUGCGUAGGUUGUUCCACAGUGUUGUGCCAGCCGACGGGAGGAAAGGCUAGACUCACAGAAGGGUGUUCUUUUAGAAGAAAGCAACACUAAUGAUCGACACAGCUUCCUGAAUUGUGUUAUCACAGAAAGCCUUAUCAGUUCAGUAAUUCUACUUAAUCUACCAAGAUAAUGUAAUUACAUUUAAUUUUGUAAGUAUACAACAAUGAUUUCCUAUUUUGGUGUCAGCUUUUCAAUAAAGUUUUGAUUAUGGGAAAAUU